AUAUAAGUAUCCGCGGGAAACGACAUUUUAGCGAAAUUAAAGCGAAUCAUGGACCAAACAAAAUACGAAGAAGACAACAGUAAAAACUGCGUUCUCGAUUCACCUGUACCAGCGUGUGCUAAGUCAGAGCCAUGUUAUCUAGGGAUAGACGAAGCUGGCAGAGGACCAGUCUUAGGUCCAAUGGUGUAUGGAAUUUGCUAUAGCCCAGUCUCCAUGAAAGAAAAGUUUGGAGAAAUGGGGUUCGCAGAUUCAAAGACAUUGACGGAGGAACAGAGGGAGAAAAUAUUUGAGCGGAUGGACAAAGAGACGGACACGCUACUGGGCUGGGUGGUGGAGAUUCUGUCUCCUACAUACAUAUCCAACAGUAUGCUGAGCAGGACAAAGUACAAUUUGAAUGCCCUGUCACACGAUUGUGCAAUCCGACUGAUACAGAAUGCUCUUGACAAAGGCGUGCAUGUCACAGAGGUAUACGUGGACACUGUAGGAGAUCCAGUCAAAUACCAGACAAAGCUGAAACUACUGUUCCCCGAGAUAGACAUCACUGUGGCCAAGAAGGCUGAUUCCCUCUACCCCAUCGUUGGAGCAGCCAGUAUAUGCGCCAAGGUAUGUCGAGACAAGGCCGUGAAGAGCUGGGUAUUCUCCGAGGGUAUAACAAUGGCAGAGGACACAAGUUAUGGCUCAGGGUAUCCCGGAGAUCCCAACACCAAGAAGUUUAUGAAUGACAAGUUGGAUAAGGUGUUUGGAUAUCCCCAGUUUGUCCGAUUUGGCUGGUCAACUGCCUCCCAGCUCAUAGAAAAACAGGGCUAUCCUGCAGAGUGGGAAGAUGAUGAUGACGACGAUGAUGAUGCCUCUAAGAAUACUCCAGCCCUGACAGCAUUCUUCAGCAAGAAAGGGGAAGACAGAAAAAUGCAGAGACAUAAAUAUUUCAAAGACAGAUGUUUGGCUUCUAUUAGUGAAUUAUGAAAUGAACGUUAAUGCUUUCAAAGUUUCUUGUUGUCUUUUGUGAAUUAAGAAACAUGUGCCUUGUCCAUUAAAAUAUGUUUCUGCUAAUCUAGGAAAUGUUCCACUGUUAGAGAGGGUUGGUUUUGGUUAUUAGUCCCAUAACAGUACUACUGAAUGGGACUAUAGAUUACACUCUGCUUACAGUCAUUUCAUCAGUCAGUUAGUCCUUUCAUCACUUUGUCUUGGGCAGAUCCCAAAUAUACUAAGGUCAAAUUGCCAAAUUUUGCAUACUGAAAUUAGAUCUUGUCCCCUAUUGUGAAAGUCUUCAAGAUUGGGUUUAAAAUGAUCCUUGUUUUGGUUUUUAUCAGCUCAGUGGCAAAGAAAUAUUGAUAACCUUGAUUGAUUGAUAGGUUUACGUCCGCUUCACUACCGAAUAGUUCAGUUAUCCAGCAGACGAAGAACAGAAAGGAAAAUGAGCAGAAGGGAUAAAGUAUGUAGUAAAGAGUAGAAGAAGGGGGAUAGGUUAGAGAAGGAGCCGUCUAUCCUAUAUAUAUUUACUGUAUAAGUCUUGUUUUUGUAAGACGGCUCCUAUGCCUAAUGUUGCCUUAACCUAACACUGGUCGUACAGCAUCACCAAGUCUGGACCGGAAGUGAGGUACUGUGCCGUUGCCAGCCACACCAGCCCCUGCCUAUUCUAUGAAUUUGGCUUGUAUAUAAAAUUUGGAAGUCCUUCUAAAUGUCUUAAUAAAGGGACCCUAGUUCUAACGGAUUAAAAGUUUGAAUAAAGCUGUCUCUAUCCUCUGUGUCGGUGUUUACGCGCCUACUCUUUUUCGAAAAAAACAGAGGGUUUCUAUCUCAAUUUUUUUAGUGAGUAUGUGGACGGACAUGCUCUUGUAUAAUACAAGAAAAUACCAAUUGAAUUGUACUUAACACCCAGUGCAACCCUUCGGAGAGUUUUCUGACCAUUCCAUCUCCAUUCAAUACUAUAUAAGGACAUUAUUAUUUUGGACAAGUACCCUAAAAUACACAUUAUCAUUACCCUUUGUUAAUCCUUUCACCCGUAUGUAACUUUACUAGAUUCUACCAUGCAUUGAUCUAGAUGAGUCCAUUAUGGUCUACAGUGGUGAAAGGGGUUAAUUUUUAAUUGCUUUGUCCACGCCAUACAUAUGUAUUUGAUAUACUCGGUCAGGCACAAUGAUUCAAUUUUGUAUGCAAAUACAUCUUUGGAUGGGAGUGCCACACUCCUAAAUGUAUGUAUACCUUGCAAUAAAAUAAUUGCCUUAUGUAAGAUAAUAUUUCACUGUUAUAAAAGGUUCUGGUUAUUUUUCCAGUAUCAACACAGUACCAACAGAAUCAAGAUAAAAAGUUCAGAAUCGGAAAAAUUAUUCAUUUUCACACAAACAGCUAUUCCUGAAAUUAAUAUGUAGGAUUUCUUUAGCCUUCCUUUCCCUUGAUAGGCCUUGCAUGGUUUAAGCAAACUGUCCUCUGAACUGGAAUUUCCUAUAUACAGUAACCUGCCUUCCUUAAUUCCGUUUGGAUAUAACUGUAGCAGUUUGGCUUGGAGACGAUUGAUCUUUUAAAGCGCUUUAGAGUGGCUUAUGUUAGCUAGAUAUAUAGGGCGCUAUAUCAAA